CUGGCUUUUGAUGCGGGGAAGCCUCGCCGAAAACCGACGAUAAGACCGAAGGCAGCGGCUGCUCAUUGACGGAGCUGGGACUGAGUUCGCGAGUUGAGAGCCACGAGACUAAGACCGCCGUCCUCAUCCUAGCACACUCUACUGCACCGCACCGCACUGUUCCAACGCUCCAUCAUCCCCAAGAUGGCGCCUGCACCAAUUGACGAGUCCAUUGUCGACACAAUCCAACCGCAGAAGGACACCCUCGACCUCCCCGAGCCAGCCCGAGAACGCCUGACAAAGGCGGGCAUCGACCUCUCCAACGGCUAUCCGUACCGACCGGCGGUGCCCAUAUACUUACAGGACGUGUACAAGAUUCGAGGCGAGGAGCGACCGUACCAGGAUGCCGGGGCAAGGGCCGACAAAACCAAGAAGCACCUGCUCUCGGCCGCGACGAAAGUGACGGAUUUGACGGCCCACAUUGGAACGGAGAUCGAGGGGUUGCAGCUAAAAGACCUCACUCCUGAGCAGCGAGACGAGCUGGCUCUGCUCAUCGCGGAGAGAAGCGUUGUCUUCUUCCGAAACCAGGACCUGAGCCCCCAGCAGCAGAAAGAACUCGGGGAGUGGUUCGGGGAAGUUGAAGUCCAUCCCCAAACACCCCAGGUUCCCAGCGUUCCUGGCGUGACCGUCAUCUGGCCCGACCUCUUCGCGCAAGGCCGGGAGACCAACUUCCGCAAGCCCGGCGGCGCCUCACGCUGGCACACGGAUCUUGUGCACGAACGGCAGCCCGCGGGGAUCACUCACUUGCACAACGACACGGUGCCGCCGGUGGGGGGCGACACGCUCUGGGCGUCGGGCUAUGCCGCAUACGAGAAGCUCUCGCCCGAGUUCCGCAAGUUCAUCGACGGAAAGUAUGCCGUCUACCGCUCUGCCCAUCAGUACCUGGACCGCGAGAACCCCACAGCUGGCCCAAAGCACAUCGAGCGCAUCCACCCACUGGUUCGGGUGCAUCCGGCAACCGGCUGGAAGGCGCUCUGGGUCAACCGGGCCAUGACCGACAGGAUCGUCGGGCUGGACAAGGCCGAGAGCGACCUCAUCCUCAACUACCUGUACGACGUUUAUGAGAAGAACGUCGACAUCCAGGUCCGAUUCAAGUGGACACCGGGUACCAGUGCGCUGUGGGAUAACAGGAUCACUAUCCACAAUGCGAGCUGGGACUAUGGCGGACGGUACCCUCGUCAUGGCACCCGCGUCACUUCGCUCGCUGAGGUUCCCUAUUUUGAUGCCAAUGCUCCUACCCGCCGGGAGGCUCUGGGCUUACUCGACGAGGAUGAAAAGCGAGCGUUGCAGGCCGCCAAGGAGGCCUAAUGAUCGGUAGAAUUGGCAGUGUGGGGAAUGUGGGGAAUGUGAAAAGAAGCUGAACUGCGGUGUUGGUGUCGAGGUUGGCUCGAGACGGUAGAACAUGAGAAUUCCCUUUCGCGUCUCCGUUUACUUGGGCUCAAAGGUC